UAUCCUUGAUUCCUUUACCAUCGAAAAUAUAAAUACUAUCCCGAAAAGCUUAUCAAGCGAGAGCGAUAAGCGUGUUGUUUUAUCUAGAAUUAAGUGUAAAGUUGCAUGUAUUCCAAAUCAUGGCCAUUCGGAACGUUGCGGAUCGUACAAAUACUGACUAAAAUUGUAAUCUCUCAUUCAUAUCAUACCCGUGCCUUUAGAUACAUCAUUCAAUCAUUUCACAUGUAUUGAAGCAACACAUUCUCUUGCGUCGAACACGUACUUUUCUAUGGUAGGGAGGCUAUGCCAAUUGUCUUACAUAAAAAGUGCAUCUGCUGCAAUACCUUUCCGCCUGAAUUGCGCUCUUUGUCCUCACUGCCACUGGUGAGUCACACCGUUGCGUGUAAAUUAGCCUACCAAUACAUCUAACACCGUACCACGAACGUAAACAAACGAUGCUUCCAACUGCACCGGCACUAUACGAACAUGAGGAUGUGUGGAACGGUUCUGUCUUUCAUUCUUCCCUCCGUGCAUGUGCGUGCGUGUGAAGUACCCAUCGCCGUGCGUUUGUUUUGUUUACUACCCUUUCUUCUCGAUGGAAAGUAACAGGAAGCAGUCGGAACAUGGAACCGGUCGGUGGGUAUGGAGCGCGUUGGCGGAUUCAGAAGACAUGCGAUUGCGCAUGUCCUUCUUCUGUGUCGUCGUACACAACACAACACCGUCCCAUAGUGCAAAUGUCAAACCCUUGGUAGUUGGUUUCUUCUGCAGCUGCCCUACAGUUUCAUUCAAUCCGUCUGUCCACGCUCGCUGGUCUAGCGUUCGUACCACAGCAGGCGUUGAGUUUGGUGAAAAAUCGAUAAUUUUAGCCAAUGCAGAACGACCGCGGUGUAGUUCUGCCAGACUGCAACGUAAUUUGUACGCUGGUUUAGGGCAACAAUAUGCAGUAAUUGUGUGUUUUUUGGAUAACGCUGGAUAAGGAGAAUAUCACACCGACUAGAUAACGUUGGUGUUGAAGUGCCCAUUUGCUCCAAUGCAAUACUGUCCUCGUGACGACAAAAGGUGAACGAAAGUGCGUUACCAGACGGCAAAAUAUUUCAAUCGACACCGGACAGUUUAACCACAGCAGCAAAACGGAAACAUUGCUGAGUCACCCGUUAGGCUCCGUAAAUCGCACUCCCAAAAUGCGUGCGUUGGGCAUUGCACAGCCGAACAACCAUCAUCAAACGACGGUCGCCAGCAACAACACCACCACCUCCACCUCCUCCUCCUCCACCACCGCCAGCAAUGUCGGCAGCGUCGGUGCGUCGACCGGUGGCAGCGCGGCGGCCGGGAUCAACGGUAAGAACGGCAACGGAGAUGGACACCAUCACGGACCGGGUGCCACCCUGAUUACGCUGCCCCGUGCCAUCCCCGCCGGCACUGGGUCGGCCGGCGAUGGACACCACCGCCUACCGGGUGGGCAGCUGCGGACAGCCGGACACGGUGGCGGGGUGGCCGGCGGGGGCAGCGUCAGCGAUACCGCCGCCCAGGACACGAUCUAUCUGUGUAACUUUCGCGUCACCGUCGACGGCGAGUGGCUCUGUCUGAAGGAGCUGCAGGAUCUCGAUAUCAAAGACGGCCAGGCGGGCGGUGGCGGCGGCGGCAGCGGCGGGGCCGAUGCGCUGGGCGGCGGCGGAGGUGGUGCGGGCGGAGGAACCAGUGACUGCAACGCACUCAAUAGUUUCGGUAUAAUAGAGAACGUAAAAUGCGAAGAGAAGAUUAUCGAGCGCGAUUGGGUUAACUACUACUCUCGCGAUCCGGCCUCCAUCGAGCGGAGCAAUCUGGUGAAGAUAUGCAAACUGGUGGUGAAGGAAUUGCUGGAGCAGUCGCUGCGCUUUGGCCGCAUGCUCGACUCGGACCACCUUCCGUUGCAGCACUUUUUCAUCGUACUCGAGCACGUUCUGCGCCAUGGACUGAAGCCAAAGAAGGGUCUGCUAGGGCCCAAAAAGGAGCUGUGGGACAUUUUACAAAGCGUCGAGCGGUACUGCGUCGAAGCGAUGGAUAUUACCUCCUCCGUGCGCGAUUUGCCCACGGUACGAACGCACAUGGGACGCGCCCGAGCGUGGUUGCGUUUGGCACUGAUGCAAAAGAAGCUGGCGGACUAUCUGCAGGUGCUGAUCGAGCAUCGGGAUGACUCGCUAGCCGAGUAUUACGAACCGCACGCGCUAAUGUUGAGCGAUGAGAUAAUUAUCAUCGUCGGCAUUCUCGUGGGCUUGAAUGUGAUCGAUUGCAAUCUGUGCGUGAAGGAGGAAGACCUAGACUCGCAGCAAGGUGUGAUCGAUUUUUCGCUGUACCUUCGCUCAAGCUCUCGCAACAGCCCGGACGAGGAAAACAAUGGUGGUGUUGGGGGUGGGAUCGAUGACAGUGCCACCGGUGCCAUGACGGCCGUGCUGGACCAGAAGAACUACAUCGAAGAACUGAACCGACAUCUCAAUGCUACGGUGGCGAACCUACAGGCCAAGGUUGAAUCACUCACUACGACCAACGCGCUCAUGAAGGAGGAUUUGGCAAUCGCACGGAACAGCCUGAUGGCGCUGCAAGCCGAAAAUGCUGCCCUCCGAAGGGCGUCCCAGCAUGGGCACCCGAUCGAGGACAAAACGAACGUGCUGGACCGGUUCGAUCCUGAGAUGGCGGAAACACUGGCGGAAGAGCGCAAAAAACGGCAGGAAAUCGAAAAAGAGCUGGAUCUACAAGUAUCGCUGAAAGCGGAAACGGAAAUGGCCAUGAAGCUGCUGGAGAAGGAUAUACACGAAAAGCAGGAUACGAUCGUGUCGCUGCGUCGCCAGCUCGAGGAUAUCAAGUCGAUCAAUCUCGACAUGUACCGUAAGCUACAGGAGUGCGAAGCGUCGCUGAAGCACAAAACUGAGCUAAUGUCGCGGAUGGAAACACAGCGCGAAUCGAUGGCCAGUGCAAUUACGCAGCUGGAGAAAAAAUACAGCUCGGAAACUGCGAGCCUGAACGCGUUGCAAGAAUCCUCUCAGGCACUCUCACUGCAAGUGAUCGCCAGCGAGCAGCGAGCCGCCCGGGCCGAAGCAGAUCUGCGCAUCGAGCGCGAGUGGCGAACGGCUAUGCAGGAGAAGGAAAUGGAACACAAGGAAGCGAUCAGCGAUCUGCAGCUGCAGGUGAAACAAUUAAUGGACGAUUCCAAGCAACUCGGAAAAGCUAACGUAGAGCUGGAAAAGCUUCGCAGUCAGUGGGCCGAAGAUCAGCGCACGCUGGAGGAGCUGGGCGUGCAGCUGAGCGUCAGCAAGCUACAGAUCUCGGAACUAAAAGAAAGAGGUGCCGGAGGAAGUCAGCACAGUUCCGACCACACCAAGGGGGACGGAGUAGAAUCGGGUGUAGGUGGCACUGGCGGCGGUUGGACACCGGAUAAGGUCGUUUCGAAGUGCACCGGUUGCGAGAAGGAGUUUAGCAUAACGCGCCGAAAGCAUCACUGCCGUAACUGUGGGAAGAUAUUUUGCUCCAGCUGCUCGGAGCACGUGGCCGCGCUAGGGGGAACGGGUGCGCCGGAUCACCAGCAGUCCGGGACACCGAACGGAAGCAGCAAACCGGUGCGCGUGUGUGAUCAUUGUUGGGAAAAGUUGGCCACCAAGUAGUGGAGGGGACAUGGCUUCACCUCCCUCUGUUUUCAAAGGUUUUAAUUAUUGAAGCGAAUCAAUUCCAACCACUCGACAAAAUGCUACCCGGGAUGCCUUAUCUAUUAGCGAAACUACCAUGUGGUGUUGUGCAUAAUCAGCGUCGUGUAUGCAAAAUGAAGCAGCAGUAGUAGAGUAUCAGCUCGACAAAUGUUUCAUACAUCUUUAUAUACUUGGAAUGUUCGGUAGAAUAUUUAUUUUAAUAAAUAUAAGUACAUGUGAAU